GUGUAUAAAGAACAGUAUGGAGAAUAUGCACAAUGAUGUUAGAGUGACAAGGUUUAAGAGAUUGCUAGCAGGCUCGCAGGCAUUAGCACAAAAGAAAGACUGAAGAGAGAAACUCAAGGUUAUCAUGUCGUUGUUUUAAAGCAAGUUCGUUGUCAGUUGCACCGAUAACUUUCUGGAACCAUUGAUGACUCUAAGCCGGCAAGGAACCAUCAUGGAUUGUGCGCUGGAGAUUCCUUUGAAGAAGGGUGGACCUGAGGAUGACUGACUUGGCAACCUCUUACAGUAACGUGGAAACCGCAUCUGGGUUCCAUGGUGAUUUUCAGCAAGCAAAGGACUAUUAUGAUCGUGCCCUAAAGAUUCGUGUGAAGAAUUUAGGGUCUGAGCAUGUUGACGUGGCAGCCUCUUACAGUGACUUGGGGAACGUAUAUGGUGCCAUUGGUGAAUUUCAGGAAGCAAAGGACUAUCAUAGUCGUGCGCUGAAGAUUCGUUUGAAGAAUUUAGUACCUGAGCAUGUUGACGUGGCAGCUUCUUACAGUGAGUUGGGGACCGUAUGUGUUGCUCUUGGUGAAUUACAGCAAGCAAAGGACUUUCAUAGUCGUGCGCUGGAUAUUCGUUUGAAGAAAUUAGGACCUGAGAACGAUCUCGUGGCACUUUCUCACAGUGAGUUGGGGAUCGUAUAUAGUUCCCUUGAAGAUCUUGUGCGAGCAAAGGAUAACUUUGAGCGUGCGCGUAACAUUCUCGAAAAGAGAUCGGGACCUGAAAACAUUUUCGUGGCAACGUGUUGCAAAAACCUGGCCACCAUCUGUGAUGUCACUGAUACCCCUAAACAGGCAAAGGAUUGGAAUGAACGAGCGCAAACCAUUCUUGUCAAAAAUAUUAGGUCUAAAAGAGCUGAUGUCCCUGUGCACUUAGUCCCGCCUUAUAUUAUGGCCAGAGGACCCAUCGCAGAGGCCGCUUACCAGAGAGCUCUUGAAACAGGAAAGACAUUCGAUAAACGGGCUAAAAUCUUGUUGAUUGGCCAAGACCGCGUUGGCAAAACUAGUGUCGCACGUUCUUUGAAAGGUGAACUAUUCCGACAAGAUGAAUCUAGCACAGUGGGGGUGCAAAUAGACAUGCCUCUGAAACAUGUUGGUGAAAAACCAUGGAAGAAUUCCAAAGAGGAAGAAAAAAAAAGAACCUUCCAUCACAAAUGUGCUCUAAAUAUUAGUAAGCUGUUACUAACUGAACCACCAAACCACCAACCACCAAACCAAAUUUACGUGGACAGCGAAGUUGCGAAGGAAAGAGAGACUUGUGAGACACAGAGAACAGAGGAGGUGAUCAGCGAAAUAGGAUCAAACCAGGAUUUCUUCAAUGAGGUUGAACCGAAGAGCUUGCCAAAGGACAUAAAGCAAGAUCAUGACAUAGAACCCAGGACUCAGGUGAAAUCGGAUGCAAUUUCUCCAAUAAGAGAAGAGGAUAACGUGCAUAAUGAGAAGCGAAACAGUGACAUGCCUGAUGAAGUGGUGCGACUUACAGCUGAAAACCUCUCGAGGAAAGAGUCCGUGAAGGAUGACGGCAUUUGGCCAGUUUGCAUGGAUUUUGGUGGUCAAGCCAUUUACCGUGCUAUUCAUCCUAUUCUCGUUUCGCGUGAAGCAGUUUAUCUGCUGGUGGUGGAUCUUACCAAGGAUCUUUCUGCCCUAGCCCAAUGUUUCGUGAAAGAGCGUGGUUACGACGAAGUUAAAAUUCUGUCUCCUGACAAGAAUGACACAAACCUAGAUCACAUUAUGAGGUGGAUGGACAUGGUGAAUUCCUUCAAACACAAAGAGAAUGGCGAAGUAUUACCACCUGUCAUUUUGGUUGGAACACAUGCCGACCGUGUGCAAGGAGACCCCGGAAUCAUGAUUACGAGUGUAAAGGACAUCAUUUGUGAGACAGUAAGAGAGUUCAGUGAACACAUCAUCGGAAAAACAUUUGCAGUGAACAACACUCUUGCCGGUAAGGAACCAGAGGAAGAAGAUCCCCAAGUUGUUGCCUUACGGAAAGAGAUUCUGAAGGUUGCAGAUACCAUGCCACAUACAAAAGUUGAGGUUCCUUUGAAGUGGCUUCAAGUGGAAAAUGAAGUUCGUAAUCUAGCAAGCGCGGGGACAAAUUAUGUCACAAGGCAAGACUUCCGAAAGAAUAUCUGUGACGAAAUUUGCAAAUUUGAGGUCGAAGAUGACUAUGAAGUACUUUUACACUUUUUGCACGAUCGUGGCACAGUGGUUUAUCAUGGUAGAGCUGACGAUCCACGAAGUCUGGUUGUUUUGAAUCCAAAGUGGUUGAUUGAUGUUUUGUGUCAGAUAAUAACGGUUGAAAAACAGAAAGAAGAGAAAACUGUCAUUUCAAAUUUCCGCAAAGAUCUUGGCAAGUACGGCAUUCUUGAUGCUAAACUGCUUGAUCACUCUUGUGAACAACUGAGCAUUGGCGACAUCAAGGAGUCUUUACUUUUCCUCAUGAAGAAGUUCAACCUUCUUUGUGAAUAUACGGAAAAAGAUGGCAGUUCCGUGUAUCUUGUUCCGUGCAUGCUGACCUCCACACCUGGCGACGCUUUUAUGCCGGACGUUUCUGCUAACCCAGGCCCUGCACCCGUUUAUGUCACAUUCACCACUCAGUACGUCCCAGGCGGUCUUUUUUCAAGAAUGGUUGUCCUUUUCCUCGAAUUUGUACAAAGACGAAUUGCCUGUGAUCAACCAAAGCUCUGGGCUAACUUUGCUCGUUUGUUUGUGGGAGAUCACACUGCAGUCGAUUUUGUUUGCUACAAGCGUGUGAUCAAAGUACACGUUUGGAAUUACACCGAUCCAAGUAUGAACCCUGUUGUGACCGAGCCUAACGUUUGCUCAGAGGUCUUAAGCUUUUUGAAGACUAGUUUGGAGAGGCUGCAUGGGGAGUGUCAUUGGCUGCAAACAGUGUCAUGGGAUCUCUGCGCUAGAUGCAAUUUGUGUCCACGCGAGUUUGUUCGUGGAACCGGAAAGUGUUAUUGGCAUGCGGAAGUAGAAUGUUGCCACGAUGAUUGUGCGCAUUAUGUUUCCUUGACAAAGAAGCCUUUCGUUUGCUCGCGUACACUGAGGGGUCCAAAGUUUCGUCCGCCCGAGACUUGGAGUCAGGUCUUGGACGAUGCCAAUGGUAAAAACCACAGUGGCCAGUCUUUACAAAGCUUUCCUCAGACUAAGGGGGUCUCUUCUUUGGCGCAAUGCAGUUCUGUUCAUUUCGGAAAGCGAGUACUACCGUACCAGACUGCGCAAUCAAUGGUUCCUGCUAAGAUUGCUCGCACAGAUUUUGAUAGACCAGAGACAAACCAAGGAGGGGAGACGUUCAUUCCCGAGGAAGUGUUUCUCGCAGGAAAAAAAUUAAAAGAAGGCACUCUAAGUAUUGAUGAUCACGACGGGCUGUCGUACUCCAUCUCCAAGGACUGGAAGAAGCUUGGACGCCGGCUCGGUAUUCUCAAGGAAGACCUUGAAAACAUUGAUGGGACGAGAUCUGAAUUUUUUGACAAGGCUGAUCAAAUGUUACAGUUGUGGGAGCAAAGAAACGCUUCGAAUGCCACGUAUCAUGUUCUGUGUCAAGCAUUGUGCCACAAGUUAUUGAAUCGAAGAGACUUAGCUGAGGAAUUUUGCUUUCACUGAGAAUACUAUCCUUAGUAUAGGAAUAACUGAUAAUAAGGAAAGGAACUUCUUUUUCAUUAACGGAUGCUAUUUUAUAACUUAAUGUAUGCAAUAAAGGGCUUUCAUUGACUUUUCCAUUGUAAGCUGAAUUAUACACGUGUUUUGAUCGCUUUUUACUUUUAAUCUAUUGUAGGACUGACGCAAAGAUGACGUCAUCAUUACAAACAUAAGUUAUUUUAUUAUUGUAUGAUGUAAAUAGAUUCCAUGUUACCGUGGGUCUGUACAGUAAAAGAUCAAAGAAGACGUUAAUAUGUGGUAAGAACAUCAGUGACAAACUCAGCUACCAUAU